AAAGAAGCAAACUAAGCGAAUACCACAACAAUUCUCUCGCAGCACAAAACCAAAACUCCAUGUCAAGUAAAAAGGAAGAAGACAACGAGGACGAGAUUCGGAGCUCCGUAAAGCGUCAGAAAUGCACUUCAAACGAAGCGGAGGAGCGCGACGGGGAGGAGAGUGAACUUCCGUUGGAGAAAGGUUUCUUCUUCUAUCCGAGCACUCCGACGUCAUUUGUGGUUUCCGAUGCUCUAGAGCCUGAUUUUCCUAUUAUUUACGUCAACAAAGUUUUCGAGAUCUCCACCGGUUACCGCGCAGAUGAAGUCCUCGGUCGAAACUGUCGGUUCUUACAAUAUAGGGAUCCUCGUGCUCAAAGACGACACCCUUUGGUAGAUCCUUUUGUUGUUUCAGAGAUCAGAAGAUGUCUUGAGGAAGGUAUCGAAUUCCAAGGUGAGUUACUCAAUUUUAAGAAAGAUGGUACUGCACUGGUGAACAGGCUAAGACUUGCACCCAUGCAUGAUGAUGAUGGGAUUGUCACUCACAUAAUCGGUAUUCAAGUGUUCUCUGAGGCAAAAAUAGAUUUGAAUCAUGUAUCUUAUCCAGUAUUCAAAGAGACCUGCAAUCAGCAGUAUGAUCAGUCGGCUCAAUAUAGUUCUCUGAGUGGGCAAUCAUCAUUCAUUCAACAUCAAGAAAUAUGUGGAAUGCUUCAACUCUCAGAUGAAGUUUUGGCUCAUAACAUUUUAUCACGCCUGACACCAAGGGAUGUUGCAUCUAUUGGAUCUGUCUGUAGAAGGAUACGCCAGUUGACAAAGAAUGAACAUGUAAGGAAGAUGGUGUGUCAAAAUGCAUGGGGAAGGGAAGUGACUGGUGCAUUAGAACUGAUGACCAAGAAGUUAGGGUGGGGACGUUUGGCUAGGGAAUUGACUACCCUUGAGGCAGUUUGUUGGAGAAAACUUACGGUUGGAGGAGCAGUGGAGCCUUCACGUUGCAAUUUUAGUGCCUGUGCCGCCGGCAAUCGACUAGUACUGUUUGGAGGGGAAGGAGUCAAUAUGCAGCCAAUGGAUGACACAUUUGUUCUGAAUCUUGAUGCAGAAAAUCCAGAAUGGCAGCGAGUUAGCGUUAAAUCAUCUCCACCGGGACGUUGGGGCCACACUCUCACCUGUCUGAAUGGUUCCUGGUUGGUGGUAUUUGGUGGAUGUGGAAGGCAAGGAUUGCUCAACGACGUAUUUGUUCUCGAUUUGGAUGCCAAACAACCAACAUGGAAAGAAGUUUCUGGUGGGACUCCCCCUCUUCCUAGAUCUUGGCAUAGUUCUUGCACUAUAGAAGGUUCUAAAUUGGUGGUAACAGGUGGGUGCACUGAUGCUGGGGUUCUUCUUAGUGACACGUACUUAUUGGAUCUCACUACUGAGAAGCCAAUGUGGAGAGAAAUACUCACUUCAUUUACUCCUCCUUCCAGAUUAGGACAUUCUCUCUCAGUUUAUGGUCGAACAAAAGUUCUGAUGUUUGGUGGGCUUGCUAGUAGUGGGCAUUUGCGACUGCGAUCAGGUGAUUCUUAUACCAUUGAUUUUGGAGAUGAAGAACCACAGUGGAAGCAACUGGAAUGUAGUGCAUUCUCAGGAGUGGGCAGCCAGAGUGUUGUGGUUCCCCCACCUAGACUUGACCAUGUUGCUGUCAGCAUGCCUUGUGGAAGGAUUAUCAUCUUUGGUGGUUCCAUUGCUGGGCUGCACUCUCCAUCUCAGCUCUUCCUUCUAGAUCCUUCUGAGGAGAAACCGUCUUGGAGAAUCCUCAAUGUUCCUGGUCAGCCACCUAAAUUUGCUUGGGGUCACAGCACCUGUGUGGUCGGAGGGACAAGGGUUCUGGUAUUAGGUGGACACACUGGAGAGGAGUGGUUGCUUAACGAAUUGCAUGAGUUGUGCCUAGCCAGCAGACAAGACUCAGAUCCAGACCCAGACCCAUAGAGUCAGAUUUUUUACUGACUGCUGUUGAACACAGUUUUGCUUUACAAUAUGUGCCAGUUAUGGCACACAUUGUUUAUUCUCGUUUCAUAUUUGAUUUGUUCUCCUGAUGUGUUGUGUGUUGUUCAGAUACGUAUUUUGCUGUAAAAAGACCAUAACACUUGUGGAUUUUAUCAGACUACCCUGUAUUUAUUUAUGUAUUGCUGUAUUCACCAA